UAUCUACUGUUUCUCAUUUGGAACUCCUUGACAUUCGUUCCGACGACGACUACUCUUUGCCUCUACUAGAAGUACGCAAUAACGGCAGUACACCGAUAAUUUUUUCCCCCCAUCUCGCGACCCGCGCAACCCAACACGGUCUAGAAGACUGCAGGUUUUCUCCACCAACUUUCUCCCUUCUACACAUACCACCUCCGCAGAUCAUGCAUAAGCUCAGUUUGAAGGAUGCUGCUGCCGCGGCCACGGCUCCUGUUUAUGGCCGGUCAAAGCGAGGAGGACCAUCACAGCAAUCCGGACCACAACAACUACAGCAACAACAGGGCCCUCCUCAGCUCCCCCCGCAAAUGUUCACCACUGCAGCGCAGUUGCUAGAUCUCACCGACAAAAAACUCCUUCUCGUCCUCCGCGAUGGGCGCAAGCUCUCCGGCAUCCUCCGCUCGUGGGAUCAAUUUGCCAACCUCGUCCUCACAAACACGAACGAACGGUUCUUCGUCACCACCUCCGAAAACCCCAAACCCCGCAACCUCUACUGCGACGUCUCUCGGGGCACCUACGUUGUCCGCGGCGAAAAUGUCUUGUUGCUCGGCGAGGUCGACCUGGACAAGGACGAAGAACCCCCCGCCGGGUGGGAAAAGGGCAAGGCCGAGGAGGUGGUUGAACUACACAGGGCGGCCGAGGCCAAUAGGAAACACAAGGACAAGAUCAGAAGCAGAAAGGGCGGGAAUCUCUGGGGUGGAGAUAUGGAAAACAGCGGCGAGGUUUUGUUUUAAGAGGGACAUGCACACACACCCACGCACACCCACACACACACGCGCGCCGAGAAAAGCUUUUAGCACGAGACACGAUUUUCGGUCUACGAUCAGAACGCAGCCUAGGCUGGGAAAUUUUUUCAAAAGAGAGGAGAAGGUUUUGUCUGUUCUAAAAUAGAACGGCAACAGCACGCUGAGAAAUGUCCAAGGAGGAGGGUCACUCGUGCUUUGGCGUCAUGCGAAAAUACCCAACAAUCACUGCCAAAACAAAGCCGUUUGGGACACAGUGUGGACAACUGGAGCACCAAGCAAGAGAAGAAGAAGCAAGAAAGCAGCACAAGGUCGACGAUGAAGAGAAAUGAAGGAAACGCCCCGUUUCUCCACACCGACUUGCGUGUGCUUGUUUACCUACCUGUCUCUACUCCUGGUACAAGGGAUGAGCCAGGACGAGCUUUUCCUCAAUGAUGAAAAGAAUCAGAGUGGACUCGACAUGACGGCCCCCAAGCAAGUCACGACUCAUGUCCGAUCCCCAGAGGUCUAGAGGGAAGGGAGGGAGGAAUUACGCGGCAAGGAGAGAUCGAGAGCAUGGCACUCAAGCCUGUGACAAUGCUUUUCCUUCCUGGCCUCAAAAAGCUUUGUGGAAUACUUUCUUCCUCCUGGUCUCGGCCUUCCCUUUUUGUUUUCGAGGCGACUGCGCUGGCUCACUGACUGGGCGCCGCUCCAGAUCUCGAUACGGCGCCCCUCCAUGAGAACAGAAACGCUCGGUGUUACGCCCUGGGGGGGUAGAGAUUAUUCAUACCUUGAGAGAAACCUAGGUAUUAAAGAAUAUUGAGAUCGAUUGAACGGGGUACAACUCGUACUAUGAGC